CGCCAUUUCGGGAGCAGCUGCGGAGCCAUAGACGGGGCCAGACCGGCACCGGGAUCGACUCACGGCCGCGCCGCCCCUCGCCGCCCGCUCCCCGGGGCUGCCUGAGCGCCGCCGUCCAUUUAAUAUUCAGACGCCUGGAGAAGGUGCUCAAGCCCUCGGGCCCGUUCCCGACCGCCAGGGUAGUAACGCCGGAGCCGCUACUGCCGGACCUCGGGGCCCUAGCGAGGAUCGCGCUGCCCGCGGCGCAGGUGUCCUGAAAAAUGGCUGAUGAUAUUGAUAUUGAAGCAAUGCUUGAAGCUCCUUACAAGAAGGAUGAGAACAAAUUGAGCAGUGCCAAUGGCCAUGAAGAACGCAGCAAGAAGAGAAAAAAGAGCAAGAGUCGAAGUCGAAGCCAUGACAGAAAGAGGAGCAGAAGUAAGGAACGCAAACGGAGCCGAGAUCGGGAACGGAAAAAGAGCAGAAGCCGGGAAAGGAAACGGAGCAGAAGCAAAGAACGCAGACGCAGCCGGUCUAGGAGCAGAGACCGCAGAUUCAGAGGCCGCUACAGAAGUCCCUAUUCUGGUCCAAAAUUCAACAGUGCCAUCAGAGGGAAGAUUGGUCUGCCUCACAGCAUCAAAUUAAGCAGACGCCGCUCUAGAAGCAAAAGUCCUUUCAGAAAAGACAAAAGCCCUGUUAGAGAACCUAUUGAUAAUCUUACCCCUGAAGAGAGGGAUGCUCGAACAGUGUUCUGCAUGCAGUUGGCUGCAAGAAUUCGACCAAGAGACCUGGAAGAAUUUUUCUCUACAGUAGGGAAGGUUCGUGAUGUGCGAAUGAUUUCAGAUAGAAAUUCCAGACGUUCAAAGGGGAUUGCUUAUGUUGAAUUUGUUGAUGUUAGUUCAGUGCCCCUGGCAAUAGGACUGACUGGACAGAGAGUCCUGGGUGUACCUAUCAUAGUACAGGCAUCACAGGCAGAGAAAAACAGAGCAGCAGCAAUGGCAAAUAAUCUGCAGAAGGGCAGUGCUGGUCCUAUGAGGCUCUAUGUGGGAUCAUUACACUUCAAUAUAACUGAAGAUAUGCUUCGAGGAAUCUUCGAGCCAUUUGGCAGGAUUGAAAGUAUUCAGCUCAUGAUGGACAGUGAAACUGGACGCUCAAAAGGAUAUGGAUUCAUUACGUUCUCAGACUCUGAGUGUGCCAAAAAAGCCCUGGAACAACUCAAUGGAUUUGAGCUGGCUGGGAGACCAAUGAAAGUUGGACAUGUAACUGAGCGUACUGAUGCUUCCAGUGCUAGCUCAUUUUUGGACAGUGAUGAGUUGGAACGGACUGGAAUUGAUUUGGGAACAACUGGUCGGCUUCAGUUGAUGGCAAGACUUGCAGAAGGUACUGGUUUGCAGAUUCCUCCAGCUGCACAGCAGGCUCUGCAGAUGAGUGGAUCUUUGGCCUUUGGAGCAGUGACAGAUUUACAAACAAGACUGUCCCAGCAGAAUGAAGUUCUGGCUGCAGCUGCUUCUGUACAACCACUUGCAACACAGUGCUUCCAGCUUUCCAACAUGUUUAAUCCUCAAACUGAAGAAGAAGCUGGCUGGGACACAGAAAUUAAAGAUGAUGUGAUUGAGGAAUGUAACAAACAUGGAGGAGUUAUCCACAUCUAUGUUGACAAAAACUCAGCUCAGGGCAAUGUGUAUGUGAAAUGUCCCUCCAUCGCUGCUGCCAUCGCGGCUGUCAAUGCUUUGCAUGGGAGGUGGUUUGCAGGUAAAAUGAUUACAGCAGCGUAUGUACCUCUUCCAACAUACCACAGCCUUUUCCCAGACUCUAUGACUGCAACCCAACUGCUGGUUCCUGUUCGACGAUGAAGAUUAAUUUAGUCAGUUUUGUACAUAGGUAUUUUUUGGAGGAAGAUUGAGUUAUCUUUUAUUUAGAUAAAACUAAAGGAAAGGAUUUAAUGUCAUUUUGUGUACACUUCCUGCUAUCUUUAAAAAUAAAAUGAAGUAAGCAGAAAUGCAGUGUGUUCAUUCUCCCUAACUAGCGUUUCCACUGUAUACAAAGCUGUUGACUUCUUGUUCUGCCUUGUAAUUCUUGUACAUUGACAAAGGUGAUCUGUAGGAACUGAGAAGUAGCUCAUAGAUAACAAGUACUCUGUAAAAGGCAGAUGGGACAUAAUGACAUUUUUAAUGUUUCAUGAGCCUUUCUUUUAAUGCAGCAAAGACAUUUUACAUUUCACUAAAUGUGGGUGAUCUGCUUAAGGGUAGUAUCAGAGAGAGACUGGAUGAAGGGACAUAUUUAGUGUUUUUGUAUAAAUGGAAAAUCCAAAAAGCUACUGAAUGCUGACUGCAGACAGCUACUCAGCUUGCUUUGUGCCGAAUAAUUGGUAAGAGUAGGAGGAUUGAAGGGUUUUACUUCUUGAUGGUAACUUUUGAUUAUUGUAUCUGUAAAAGUUUCUUUGUAAAUACUGUGAGGUGUGUCUAAGUUUCCAAACAAAACAUCUCUGCAUUUCCAGAUGAGUGCAGUGGGGCAGAGCUGGAGGAUUUCAGCCAAGUCUGAAAAUGGGUAGGAAAUACAGAAAAGUGUUUUGUUCUGGUUGCAUAUAAUCUUUGCUCUUUUUAAGCUCUGUGAGCUCUGAAAUAUAUUUUUGGGUUACUUCAGUGUGUUUGACAAGACAGCUUGAUAUUUCUAUCAAAGACUUUCAUAUUGCAACAAUCUUUGUAAGAACCACUCAAAUAAAAUUCUCUUAAAAAGGC